CCCCGUGACGUCAGUGCCGCGCGCCGCGGCGGGCACGAUGGCGGCGGAGGGCGGGCGCUGAGAGGCCCCAAUGGAGCCGGCGGCGCUCGGGCGGCUGCGGCGGCUCCUCCUCCCCGCGGCCCCGCGGCCGCCGCUGCCCUCCCGCUCCGCGCACACGGGCGGCUCCGGGGCCCCGCGGCCGCGCCGCGACCUCUACGAGGUGCUGGGCGUGCCGCGCACGGCCACGGCGGCGCAGAUCAAGACGGCGUACUACGAGCAGUCGUUCCGCUACCACCCCGACCGCAACGCCGGCAGCGCGGCCGCCGCCGCGCGCUUCGCCGCCGUCAGCGAGGCCUACCGGGUGCUGGGCAGCGCCGCGCUCCGCCGCAAGUACGACCGCGGGCUGCUCAGCGCCGAGGAGCUGCGCGAUGCCCCCCGGCCCGCGGGCCGCCCGCCCCACGCCAGCGCCGCCCCGCCGCCGCCCCGCGCCCCCGCCGCCCGCCCCGGGCCCGUCCCGCCGCCCUUCAACUUCGACGCCUUCUACCGAGCGCACUACGGGGAGCAGCUGGAGCGGGAGCAGCUGCUGCGGGCGCGGCGGGAGCAGCUGCGGCUCCGCCGGGAGGAGGCCGCGGAGCUGGGGCGCGUCAGGGCUCUCUCCAACCUGUCGCUGGGGCUCAUCUUUUUCAUGGGCAUUGCCAUCAUCUACGGCCUCAAGUGACGGCGGGGCGCCCCAGCUCCCCGGUCUCACCAGGGGGCUUGGCAGAGGGCUGGGGGUGCCCCCUGCACCUACAGUUGGCAAACACCGUGUGUCUGCUGUCGGGCCGUGACAUUUCAUUCUGCCGGUGUGACCUCUAGGGACGGUACA